CUCUAGCUCCCAUUUUUCACUAAAGAUUUUUUCUUUUGCGCGGCCUUGACAUGGCCAGUGCAAGUUUCUAUGUUGGAGUUAUAGGCAACAUCAUCUCAGUCUUACUAUUUCUUUCUCCCUUAGGAACAUUUCGGCGAAUUGUUAAGCAUCGAUCAACAGAGGAAUUUGAGAGUUUUCCUUACAUUUGCACAUUACUGGCUUCGGCGUUAUGGACUUAUUAUGGAGUCACAAAGGCUGGAAGCCUGCUUGUGGCGACUGUUAAUGGUUUUGGUGUUGUUGUAGAGAUUGUUUAUGUUACCUUAUUCCUUGUAUUUGCACCUCCAAGAACAAGGGCAAAGACUGGUACAUUGGUUGCACUUUUGGAUGUGGGAUUUCUCGCAGGAGUGAUUUUGAUUACUCAUUUUUUGUUGCACGGAGAUACAAAGAUCGAUGUCAUAGGAUUCUUGUGUGCAGGCCUAAAUAUAGCCAUGUAUGCUUCACCUCUUGCAGCCAUGAAAACGGUGGUGACAACCAAAAGCGUGGAGUACAUGCCUUUCCUUCUCUCCUUCUUCAGUUUCUUGAAUGGAGGGAUUUGGACUUUCUAUGCUGUCCUUGUGAAAGACUUCUUCGUUGGAGUACCAAAUGGGGCUGGACUUCUUCUGGGAGCAGCUCAGCUGGUGUUAUAUUUUAUAUACAGGAACCCCAACUCAUCCAAAGUCUCCAACGAUUUAGAGGAUCAAUUACAAAACGAGUGCCUCUUGCCCUCUACCUGUCAAGUAGCAUAAAAGAUUUCAAGAUAGAGGUCCAUUGUCAUAG